AUGGAUAGUGACUGUACUGCUUCUGUGGUGUGUGAUCGUAUGUUCAAUCCAAGGAAAAACAAACAGACUCAUAUAUUCAACCACUCUAGGAAAACCAUCACAGCGUUGGCACUCUCACCAGAUGGCAAGUACGUUGUGACGGGGGAGAGUGGUCACAUGCCAGCCGUGCGCGUCUGGGAUGUUGCCGAGAGAUCUCAAGUUGGGGAAUUUGCUGGUCACAAAUUUGGAAUAUCCUGUGUUGCUUUUUCACCGAACUUGAAGCAUGUUGUAUCAGUGGGUUCCCAGCAUGACAUGGUUGUUAAUGUGUGGGACUGGAAGACUGGUAUUCGGGCAGCCUCCAAUAAAAUCUCCUGCAAGGUGACUGCCAUCUGUUUUAAUGAGACUGGCAACUGUUUUGUAACCGUGGGAACAAGAAAUGUCCGAUUCUGGUAUACGUCUUCAAAAAAGGUACACAAGUCAAGAGAAGCAGUACCGCUGCAUGGCAGAUCUGGGAUACUGGGUGAACAGAGGAAUAAUUUCUUCUGUGAUGUGGCCUGUGGUAAAGGUUCUAAUAAAGAAAAAACAUUUUGCAUUACAACAUCUGGUUUACUUUGCGAGUUUGACGAGAAGAGACUUCUAGAUAAAUGGGUAGAACUUCGGACGCCUCAAGCUCACAGUUUGUCUGUGAGUGAGAAGUAUAUAUUUGUUGGUUGUGCUAAUGGUGUAAUAAGAAUAUUCAGUGCAGAUACGUUGCACUAUGUUUCCACUCUGCCCAAACCACAUAUCCUAGGUGUCAAUGUAGCUGCUAGUAUGGACCCAAGUCAUUUAGUGAAGCACAAUGAUAACGCCAAGUAUCCAGCCGCCGUUGCAUUGACAUUGGAUGAUAAAAACAAUAGGUUGUCGGCCGUGUACAACGAUCACAGUUUAUACGUCUGGGAUGUACGAGACAUUAAGAAGAUUGGUAAAUCGUGGUCGUUUCUAUAUCACAGUGCGCCAGUAUGGGGCAUUGACGUCUAUCCCAACAUUCCAGAUGGUAACAAGUCGUUACUUCCAGCGGGAUCCUUUAUCACAUGUUCGUCCGAUAACACCAUCCGUGUGUGGAAUAUUAAUGAACAGGCAACGUCCACGGAUGGUACUUUCAAGAGAAACAUAUUUAGCGAAUUAAGUGGACAUGAUAAUGCUAAGACUGAUGCUAUCACUGUUGAAGAUAAGAAAGGAGUGCGGUGCACAUGUGUAGAUCACAGUGGUCAGCAUAUAGCAGCUGGUGACCGGUCUGGGAAUAUCCAUAUCUACGAUUUUAAUUUUUCUGAAGAGAUCUGUCAGAUUGAGGCCCAUGAUGCCGAGGUGUUGUGUUUGACUUACUCAAAGCCAGAGACAGGGUAUGUACUAUUAGCUUCUGCCAGUAGAGACAGACUAAUUCAUGUGUUCAAUGUCAAAGAAGAUUAUAAACUUAUGCAGACGUUGGAUGACCAUUCUUCUUCUAUAACUGCAGUAAAAUUUACAGUUGCUUAUAUUCACACAAAUCCGGAUCUUCAGUUUAUUCGCACUCAUCAUUUGAAUGGGAAGACAACAUUGUAUGAUAUGUCUGUAGAUGCUACCCAGAAGUUCGUAGUUGCUGCCUGUCAGGAUAGGAACCUAAGGAUUUACAAUAUUGCCAGUGGUAAGCAAAAAAGAUGUUAUAAAGGAUCAGUAAGUGACGAUGGUACCUUGAUACGUGUAGAGUUAGACCCAGCUGGUGUCUAUGCAACAACUAGCUGUUCUGAUAAAACGAUAUGUGUCUAUGAUUUCUAUGCCGGCGAGUGUGUUGCCACCAUGCUAGGACAUUCCGAACUGGUUACUGGUAUACGAUUUACUCAUGACUCCAAGCAUCUGAUAACAGUAUCUGGGGAUGGAUGCGUAUUUGUUUGGAAGCUGCCUAUUAUGUUCACACAGCACAUGAAAGAAAGAAUGGCUGAAUUGGGAAAAGUGCAGAAGGUGGAACCAGCUUAUAAUAUGCUAAGACGUGGUACUUACACAGCAAUGCCGAAGGUGAUUCCCGGCAUGCCAGCACCAGUACCAGAUACAACUGACGGCGACAGUGUAUUGGAACAACUACUAUCGGAACCAUUUAUGUCGUCAACUGAAACUCUACUGCAAGAGGAAGGAUCAGAACAGACAAAUAAUGUAUCUGGUGAAGAAGUGCUCAGUCCCAACACCUAUAGUAGUCCAUCACAACCAAAGGGACGCUGGGCACAGAGAGUGGAUGCGAAAGGCUUUCGAUUGAAGUCAGAGUGGGAGGAUCAGAAUGCCAUUCAACUGAGCAUGGCAUCGUGUAUGGAUCGCAGGAGACUCACAGUCGAACCGGAUACCCUGUACGAACAAAAGCUUAAGAAUUCUCUGACUGGAGAUGUUUGUAAAGAGAGUGAUGUAAUAGCAGAAGAUGAUAUUGAGGACGAAGACGAAGAAUUCCUUCCUGCAGGAUUACGAUUACCUCAGUUAGAACAACAGCUUGCAGAGGAUGAGAUUGCCAGUGGUAGAGUGACCAAGUCAAGAGGCAGUGAUCCCUUUAUAUGUCCCUUUGUACGCCCUGAAACUGAUGGUUCCAACAACUCGGAGAGUCCGAGCACACCCGACCGAGAAGUUGCUGCAACGUUAGCAGGUGCGUUGAUGAACUUAGAAAACUCUGAGGAAGAUGAUGAAAAAGAUGAUGAUAAGGAAGUAAUUAUCUACCUGCCAAGCGAAGAGGAAUCUGCCAAAUCUGAAAAUGGAGAGUUCUGUGUAACUGAAAAUGUGGAGUCUAUGAAGAUGUACGCAAAAAGGUUUAAAAAGGUUCCACGCUCUUCGUCAGCUGAGAGAAAGAUGAGUUUGGAGAGUACGGAGAGUGAUAGCACAGAUAAAAUGGGUAUCAUUAGUGUUGACAAUUCUGACGAAGAUGAUGAAGAACGUCCAGACACGCCGUUUGAAGAACAAAAGGAUGAACAAACAGAUGAUGAAGAGAAAGAAAAGGUGUUCCUUAAGAACAACUAUGAGAACUUAGCGGAGGAGAAAUUUGAGACUAAUAUAGAUCAGCUCGAGGUUACUGGUAAUAGCUACAUGCAACAGUUACAGAGCGGGCGUCUCAGUAUAUCGACAAGAUUCUUAACUCGUGCACAACAAAACCAUCUCAGACGCCUAGCUGCAGCAGCACUGGAAAGAGACAAUAUAUCAUCGGAUGAAGCAAGCGAAUCAGAAGACGAUAGCUUACAGAAGAGACAACAGGAGAUGGCAAGAGCUGUGGAGGAAACACGUAGAAGAUUACAAGAGAUGGGAUAUGGUGCAGGAUCAAAGAAGAAAACUUCUCCAGAAGAGAAAAUACCUGGCACUCUAAGAAAACGCUCUGGGGGUAUAUGCAUAGUAUCCACAGAACCUGAGAUUCAAGUUCCUGCUGUGACACUGCCCCAAGAUGAUGAUUCAAUGUUGAGUGACAAUAAAGAUGAAAAUGAACUAAGCAAUGUUAAGACUCAAUCUACAGCAGGUAUCGGAGCUGCAGCUGCAGCUGCUCGAGUUGUCCCAGACACGUUGAAUUUAUCAAUAAUUAAUCAGGUUGACUCUGUGACUAAACCUGAAUCAAUGCCUACUGAAUGCAGUGCACAUAAACCAGAUGUUAAGUCUUUGCCGACAAAAAUAGCCCGGAUGUUACCAUCGCCUAGCAGCAUUGCAUCAAGACAAGCAUCAGCUGAGAUUCAUAUUAGCUCUUCCAUGCCGUCCCUGGAGACCACGCAGUCAUCACCGCCACAGCAUAUAGCGAACAAGGAAAACAUUGUGGAUAUUUCUGAUCAAUCACCCCGGAUUCAAAGGUCAAGGUCAAGAUCCGAAAGUGGCAAGAUUGGCAUGAAAGAUCUCAAAGCAGGAAAGUUUGAGAGUAAAAGUGAGACAAGCUCCCCAACCCAUACAAUGACCUUGCGUAAAAGAUCAAAAAGUCAAGAUAGCUUGGACAGAGCUGGAACCACAUCAAAUCGCAACAGAGCUGCAAGGCGAGCACGAACUGAAAGACAUCUACCACCUCUACCGAUUAGCAAAUCACAUUCAGCACCGCCAGUAGGGCACGUUGCUGUUCCAAGAACAAGAAAUUCAUUCUCUGGUGAAACUGAAAGUUCUCAGGCCAAAAGAACCCAGUCUUACGCUGCAGGAACCAAAAGCUCACUAGCCAAAAUAAACCAAGCAGACUCAGCUACCAGCUCUCCUCGAACUCUUAGAAAGAAAUCUUACCCUCUUUCUCCUGAACAUAAGGACAAUGACGAAUCUUCAAAAACCACCAAGGAUUCCAACGACAGAUUCGUAAUGCCUCCACCAUCAACAAAUGUGGUGAACAAAACGAAAACUACUAGUCGGCGAUCGUACUCUGAUCCCAAGUCACGGAAUUACAGCAAAGCGAGGCGUUUUCCUCCAAAUUCACCGAAAAAGGAUUCUCGCAGUUUAACAAUUAGUGAUCCAAGUUCAAUUUCUAAACUUCUGGAGUCUAAAGCAACUGGGGAAGGUACUGCAGUUGUCAAACCACCUAUAAACGGUACCAGAGACAAAACUCAAAAACAAACGCUUUGUCUAGCUGAGAAGAGUAAAAUAAGUGAAAAAUGUGAUGAACAUAUGCCAGUUAUUGCAGAGUCUAAACAGGAGAUUAAGUCACCUCCUCAGCAGCUUAGCGUUGAAGAUGUAACAGACAAUAUUGCACCACUCAUUUCUGUCACCACUGGUCUCAUAAUUGAAGAGAAAGCAGUGAAAUCAGUCAAACAUGAUAAGAUUAAAACAGACACCCCUAACACAGUAAAGACAGGCAUUUCUGAGAUUCAAUGUUCAAAUAAUGAACCUAAGGCCGAAGAAAAUAAAUCAGAAAUGGCAACGGCAGCACCACCACUCACAACUGAUGUCAAUUCACCAACAGAUUCUUCAGUAUCACUGAUGACAAUGGCACUGUGCACUAAAACUGCUGAAGAACUACAACAUGUAUUCAGUAAAGCUGUGCAGCUGCAUUCGCAAGUGUUAAAUGAAACUUAUCCGGAACAAGAAAAGACACAAAUGUUGUCUGCCUUGCAGUCAACGUUUACAACUAUGCAAGAGACAUUGACCAAUAUUGAGCCGACACUAACCAAUUCAACUCCAAAACAAUCACCUACCAGUUUACUCACUCAAGAUGAAGUCAGCAAAUUAAAAACUUCAAUUGCAUUAACAAACGGUAAAAGGGAAGACCCGCAAGUUGCAGAGGCAGCAAUUUCGUUACUUGACCAGUACUCAGAUAUGCUUGUUUCUCUCGUCAAACAGAAGAUUGCUGUGGACAACACUCCAACUUAAAUUCAAAGACAUAACGGAGGUCACAAUAUUUCUGCUCUGAAUUACCGUCCUGUUUAUGGUCGUUAAAUAUAUACGUUACGUAUUACAUGCAGUACGCUGGAUUAUUGUAAAAAUGUGUAUAAAGAUAGUUGGGAUUCGUGUUGGUCCGCUGUCAAGUUCAUGUGGUAUUCUCUUAAAUAUACGUUGUAUCUUAGCGGUCACAAUUCCAAAAACAAACACUGCAGAGAUAGUUUCAUGAAGUCAUGCAGAGUGUAAUACCUUACAAGUGCCGCAUGCACUCCAUAUAUGGGAAUUCUACCUCCUAAUAAGGUACAUUUUUGUAGAUUGCAAAUGACUUGUGCAAAGUUUGAUCAUAAAAAAAGAAUCGCAGAACAUGCAGGUUACAGCAUCAUAUAAAUAAUAGUGAUAAUCUAACAACAGUCUGGGUGUUUUAUGAAUGUAUAGAUAUAUAGUUAGAAAUAAUAUAAUCAAACUUAUGAAGAGCCAGCCAAUCAAGAGAUGUUGUAUAUAUCAUAUGUGGGUGUUUGUUUGUUUGUAAUUUAUGACUGUUGGUGUAUAUAUAUUUAGAUAAGCAUUGUUGAAAACAGCUGUGGAUGUAAUAUUGCCCUCUUCCUGGUACACUGUACUGCUUUUGUGGGUAGUAUUAUAAUAUUGCCAUCUUCUAUUAUAGUUUUUUUUAGGACAGUAUUGUAAUAUUGCCCUCUCCUUAGUACUGCUUGGGUAGUAUUAUAAUAUUGCCCCCUUCCUAUUGCAGCUUUUCGUUGGUAGUAUUGUAUUAUUGCCCCUUCCUAGUACAGCUUUUGUGGGUAGUAUUGUAAUAUUGCUCUCUUCCUAGUACAUUUUUUUUACUGUCAGUAUUGUAGUAUUGUCUUCUUUCUAGUAGAGCUUUUGAAGACAGUACUGUAAUAUUGCUUUUUACCUAAUGAGCUUAUGAGGACAGUAUUGUAAUAUCAACCUCCUAGUACAGCUUUUGUGGACAGUGCUGUAACAUUGCCCUCUUCUCAGUGUAGCUUUUGUGGAUAGUAUUGUAAUAUUGACCUUUUUCUUAGUACAGCUUUUGUGAAGUGUUGUAUAUUGUCCUCUUCCUAGUACAGCUUUUGUGGACAGUAUUGUAAUAUUGCCCUCUUCUCAGUACAGAUUUUAAAGACGGUAUUGUAAUAUUGCCCUCUUCUCAGUGCAGAUUUUGUGGACAGUAUUGUAUGUGUCAUAGCUAAUUGAAUCCAUUGUAACGUUUAAAUGGUGCUACAAAAAAAAAGUUUUUAUUCAUGCUACAAUCGAUCACCUUGUGAUUUCCAAAUCAUUACAAUCAUAUUGUCAAUUUCUUUAUACAGAUUUCAUUUUUAAUCACAUGGUUUAUUUUUGUACAUUUAUUCCAAUUAAGAAUGGGAUUGUUUUGUGUUUUUUUGCAUAUCUAGAGGUCCAGCUUUUUUAUUUUUGAUGAUUUUUUUUUAUCUUUGGUUUUCAAUUUGCAGUUCUAUUUUUUUUUUUUUUUAUUACAAGACACUUCAUCUUUUGACUGCAUUAAAACUAUAACUGCCAGCCACAUCAUUAACUUUAAAGGUACCCCUACCCCACCGCACCCCCUUGUUACUCUAGUUUACAUUCACUGUGUAGAAUUUGAUGGUCACCUUGACAAAUGCAUACUGCCAAUCUAGUAUGUUAUAUUGGAACCGAGAGUCAUACUUUGAAAAAAACACCAGACAUACAAACAUUUUGCAUGUAAAUUUAUGCUACUGAAAGGAAUGCCAAUUUUAUUAAAAAUAUUUAGCCAAACAUAUCUUCAUGUAUUCAGUGAAACCAUCCAGUUAUUAAAAUAAUAAAUUCUGUCCAGUAGUUUUACAUCUUUUAACAUUUAUCAGACGUGGGAGUUUUUUUACACAAAUCCGAUUACCUUAAAACCUGAUUUGUCCAAAAGUGGGUGUGGCCAUUGUACGGUAUGACCCUUUAACCUAUGCAGUUUUGUUGUAAAUAUGCUAUGCUAUACUAUGGUGCUGAAAUGUGUUUUCUUCAUUUGUUUUAUUCUCUUUAUUCAUCCAAACAUUUAAGCGGGUGGGUAUGUAUAUAAUAUAAUUCUGUUGUGAUUGAUUCACAAAGGAAAACCAUUCUAGUUAUACAUGUGAUUGCAUCUGCUGAUGUUUUCUGUGCACAAGUAAAUAUUUAUGUGGAGGAAGUUUGUACAUUUUUUUUUUUUUUGCAAAUAAAAGGAAAUCUUGU